AUGUCGAAAUCCGAAUCGGACUUCGAAAGUAAUUCGUCUGAUGAUACUAUGGAAGAUGAAACAUUCGAUGAUCGAAUGAUUGACAUGUACGACGAUAAUGAUGACGACGAUUAUUGUAAUUUCGAUGAUACUCACCAUUUUAUGUCAUUAGGAGAUAUUAUAUUGGGAGAAGUUACAUCUGACCGUUUCGAAGUUCCUUUAGCUGAUAUUCCUUCAAAUUAUUCUGUCCGUUUGGCCAUGCAUUCCAAACCUCAUCGUUCAGUUAAUUUAAAUUCAACUACACCAUUUGUCAAUGAUUCAAUUCUAACAUAUUUGACAGCUCCACCACUCAUCCGCAAAAUAGGAAAUACAGGAAAAUAUUGUUUAGCAAUUGAUCCUACAGUCGAUGAAUCUGGAAUAAUAUCUUUAUCAACUCCUCAACUCUAUGUUGGAAACAUACCUUCGGACACUAAAUGGCAGGAGCUCAAAAAUUGGUUUAUUGAACAAAGUUAUGGCGUUAGUCGCGUUGAUUUGAAAACGAAUAAGAAAGGUGCUCGUUAUGCUUUUGUUCGCUUUGAUUCUAUCCAAAUUGCGGUUGAAGUUCUAUAUAAAAGUGAAAAGAAAUCAGUAGCCUUCGUUUUUCAUGGCAAAAAGUUAGAUAUCAAACGUAUUAAUCGAUCUUCUCAACCACCGGCCAAUACUUUACCUACUAUGAUAAUAAUUAACAGCACACCUACAAGUAUUAACUUUGAAAUUACAGAUAUUCAUUACGGAACGCUCAUCACAGGAGCAGCAAUGAGAAAUAUACAAACAGGAAAUAGCAAUGUUUCUAAUGUUGAUCAAUUCGGCAUUAUUGCUCAUCGUCUAAUACCUGAUCAAUGCAAAAUUUUUGAAUUGAAUAUCGAUAUUGACAAGAAAAAACUAGCUAUUAGCGGUAAAUUAGAUGUGAUUCUGACGUCUGAUAUUACUAUCAAUACUGGACUGAAAUUUGAAUGGAACUUUCGAGAUUUGAAAUCUAAGAAGAUAACUCCAGUAUUAAUCAACCAAAAAGAAGUCUUUUUACUUGUUGAACUUAAACGACCUCCAAUAAUUUUAGAAAUACGAAAUACAAGUCAUUCGAUGCAUAAUAAUUCCGAUGAGAGUCGUCUACCGGGCUUUGGACCUAUUGGUCAUGCUAAUGCAUGGCUCUUUAAAUUAUCUUCACAACAUUUACGUAGUGAUUAUAUGAAAUUAUUCGAAAUUUUACGUCGUCAGAAUUUAUCACCACGACAAUUUUCUGAAUCCAAUAUUAUUCAUUUAAUUGGAACAACAGAAGCUGCAAGAAAGAAUCUUGACUCUGUCCUAUUAAUAUCUAAUGAUGAAUGGAUAGAACAAAAUCAAGUUAAAGUAAAUGAUUUUCUUAACCAUCGAUGGCCAUCAUAUCCUUUUGAAACAAAAUUUGAAAUAAUGAAACUUAUAUCAAAACAUAUUAUUACAGUUAAUGAUUUAAUUGUUGAUGAACAAGCUGAACAUAUUUUAAAGAUGUGUACAAUUAGUACAUUAAUUGCUCUUACAGAUAAAAUUGUUGGAUUUGCUCCUCGAUGGUUUGCUACAACUUGUGAAAAUGAAGAUGAAGAUUGGAAUAAUGAGAAUGAAGAACAACAAGUAGAACAAGAAGAAAAUCAAUUACCAAUUAGUACUGAAGAUCUUUGUAACGAUACUAAUAAUUUAUCCAUUUCUCAACAUAUUCGUUCAUGUACUACUGGAAAAUUCAUCAAUACUGCCGAUACGGAAAUAGCAUCACGUGUGACAUUCAUGACAAAACCUCCAUUGAUAAUAACAAAGCGUCAUAUUGGAACAUUUAGUCGUCUACUCAUUUCUGCAUUUGAACAAUUACUCAAAAAAUAUGAACUUUGUAGAACAAAAACGACAGGAAUUUAUGUGACUAAACUUGAAUUACGUACUGCAAAUGCUGAACCAUUUUUAAUUCGUAAGAUAUACAUAACACCAUCGACUGUUCUUUAUGAAGGACCUUAUCGUGAAGAAAAAUGUGCUGUAACACGUCACUAUGUACAACAUCAAAAUCGAUUUCUUCGUAUAACAUUUCGUGACGAAGAUUACCGUGUAUUACGUAAUUACCAUGAUAAUAUGACGAAGAUCUAUGAACGUAUCAAGAAAAUCUUGAUAAAUGGAAUUAAUAUAUGUGAUCGAAAUUAUGAAUUUUUAGCUUUUUCAAGUUCACAAUUACGUGAACAUUCCUGUUGGAUGUUUGCUUCAGCUGAUGAUGGUACUACAGUUAAUACAAUUCGUUCGUGGAUGGGCGACUUUCGAAAUGUUCGUCCUGUAGCUAAAUUAGCUGCUCGUUUAGGACAAUCAUUUUCAACAAGUAUCAAAGGUAUUCAACUUGAAAGUCGCCAGAGAAGAGAAAUAUCCGAUGUCAUACAUUUCGAAGUAACCAGUGAACGUAGGCAUGAACAUUGCUUUACAGAUGGUAUUGGUAUAAUUACAUCAAAAUUUGCCAAAAUAUUAACUCAAGAAAUGAAAUUAUCUGGAAAAAUUUGUCCUUGUGCUUUUCAAAUUCGUUGUGGAGGUUAUAAAGGCAUGGUCUGCUUAGAUGUUUCUGGUAAGAUUACUAAUCCCGAUGAAUACGUUCAUUUCCGUAAAUCUAUGAAUAAAUUUACUACAGAAAAAAAUUUGUCGAUUGAUGUUGUACGUACAUCACUUAAUCCUUCAGUUGCUUAUUUGAAUAGACAAAUUAUUCUUCUUCUAUCAUCUCUUGGUAUUCCUAAUUCAGUUUUUAUCUCAUUACAAGACCAUAUGUUACAACAAUUAAAAGCAUUAACAGAAAAUUCACAUAAAGCAUGUGAAUCAUUAAAAGAAUUGAAUGAAUUUGGUGGUCAUGGAUAUCAUGGAUUUCUUAUUGCAUAUUUAAAAAGUCUAGGCGAACGAAAAGAUCCAUUUGUUCGACAACUUCUUUUCGUUAUUAAAGCAUUUCUUGUUAAAGAAUUACGAACAAAAGCAAAAAUUCGUGUACCAAAUUCAUGGUCUUUAUUGGGUGUAGUUGAUGAAAGUCGAACACUUCAAUAUGGUCAAGUUUUUAUUCAAAUAGAUAAUAGUAACAAUCAACAAACAGAAGGUUCAAGAACAGAAAUUUUUCAAGGUCCUGUAGUAGUUACAAGAAAUCCAUGUUUUCAUCCAGGUGACAUUCGAAAACUCGAAGCAGUUGAUAUACCUGCUUUGCAUGAGUUAAAAAAUGUAAUUGUUUUUCCUAUGAAAGAACCUCGUCCUCAUCCGAAGGAAAUGUCCGGUGGAGAUUUGGAUGGAGAUACAUUCUGGAUAAGUCGUCAUUCAGAUUUAAUAUUUAAUAACAAUGAAUAUCCAUUUGAUUAUCAAGAUCAAGAUGACGAAGCUGACAAAAUACAAUCAGGAAUAAUUGUUCAACAUUCCAUUAAAGAUGUGUGUAAUUUUUUUGGUGAAUAUAUCGCAGCCGACAAUCUUGGUCUUAUAGCCAAUAGUCAUUUGGCUUUUGCUGAUCAAUUGGAAAGGGGCGCCAAAAAUGAAAAAUGUCUUCAAUUAGCUAAAAUGCACAGCGUGGCCGUAGAUUUUGCUAAAAAAGGAGUCAAUGCACCUAGUCUUACACGUGAACUUCGUCCUACCAAAUAUCCACAUUAUAUGGAAAAGAAGGAUAAGCCAACAUAUCAGUCACAAACAAUUCUUGGUAAACUCUAUGAUGCAGUUAUAUAUUACAACAGUAAUUUGUUUAUUAAUGAAGAAGAAGAAAUCUCUGCUACAUCAUCAUUUCCUUAUGAAUCUUUUUUUAUUAAUGGAAAUGCUGAAUAUAUAAAAGAUGCUCGCAUCAUAAAAAGUGAAUAUGAUCGAGAUAUAAAACGAAUCAUGCGACAAUAUGGUAUUGAACAUGAAGUUGAAGUUGUUUCGGGUUAUAUACUUAAAUUUACUUCAAAACAAUAUGCAAAGGAAACUAAAAUAUUCGACUUAAGAAAUGAAAUUACACAUGCAUAUAGAGUCAUACAAGAUAAAUAUUUGCGUCUCUUCUGGGAAGAAUUCUAUCCAUUAACAGAUGAAUCACAAGAAGAAAAAACUAAAUGGUCCGAAAUAUCGAAAAAAUUAACAUGGAAAAAUCAGUUGGAUGUAUUCGAAUAUUAUAAUCAAAUAACAUCAUUGGAUGAAGCCAAGAAAAAAGCAUCAGCAUGGUUUCAUAUCACUUAUCAACCAUGGAUAACACAUAUUAAAAAAUAUCAAAAGAAUAAAAACAAAAAACAAAAACCAUUUCCAAAUAAUCAACAAACAGAACACCCAACACAAUUCAAAGGAUUAUUUAGUUUCGCUUGGUUAGUCUAUCCUGUAUUAUUAGAAAUAUUUGAUAAAAAUCAAAAAAAUUCGACGAAAAAUACAGAAUCAAAAACGAAAAAAAAGAAGAAGAAAAAAAACAAAAGAAAGGAUGUUCCCAUUUCAUCAAAUACUACUAACGAACAAAUCUAA